AAAUUCUAUAUUUUUAGGUUAUGUUAUGUUCAUGAUUUCACCUAUUUUGACAUCAAAAAUUAUAAUGCUGCAAUAAUAUUUUCAAAAUUGAAUAAUGACAACCCCAUUAACUACAGGUUUAAAAGAAGAUCAACCAGAUAAACAUUCCGAAAGUAGCAGUUCCGACGAAGAGGAAAACAUGGAAUAUUUGCGCAGAUUUUUAGCCGAGAAGCUAAAUUUUUCGGAUACCAAAGAAAAUAAGGAAAAAAUAAAGGUAUUGGAUAAUGUUACUCUUGAUGGGAUAGUUGACUAUAUUAAAGCAAAUGAUUGUAAAAACAUUAUCACUUUGGCAGGAGCUGGAAUAUCCACAUCUGCAGGAAUUCCAGACUUUCGAUCGCCCGGUACAGGUCUAUAUGAUAAUCUCCAAAAAUACAAUCUACCCCAUCCACAAGCAAUUUUCGAAAUAGAUUUCUUCUCCAAGAAUCCAAAACCGUUUUUCGAAUUAGCUAAAGAAUUAUAUCCCGGUACUUUUAAACCCACAAUAUGUCACUAUUUCAUCAAGUUAUUGGAUGAAAAGGGGAAACUUUUAAGACACUAUACUCAAAAUAUUGAUACUUUGGAAAGAGUUGCUGGUAUAAGUGGAGAUAAAAUCAUCGAGGCCCAUGGUACUUUUCAUACUGGUCAUUGUUUAAAAUGUAAAAAGGAAUACAGUCAAGAUUGGAUGAAAGAAAUUAUCUUCAGAGACGAAAUUCCUAUGUGCGAGAAAUGUAAUAGCAUUGUUAAGCCGGAUAUUAUAUUUUUCGGCGAAUCUUUACCCCAAAAGUUCCAUAAAGCUUUAAAAAACGACUUUAACAAGUGCGAUUUAUUAAUAAUCAUAGGAACUUCGCUAGCAGUACAACCGUUCGCUUCACUAGUAGAUAGAGUUGAAAAUAACGUACCAAGACUACUAAUAAAUAGAGAUAAAGUCGGUCAGAGAUCAGGUAUUGCAGCUUUGCUCGGUAUGAGUGGCGGUUUAGAUUUUGACUCCAAAGACAACACAAGAGAUGUUUGUUGGCUUGGAGACUGUGACGAAGGAUGUUUGAAGUUAGCCGAAGCAUUGGGAUGGGCAGAGGAAUUAAAAGAAAAAGUUAGGAAAGAACAUAACAAAAUAGACGGGAAAAAUAUUGAACAGUCUCCCGGUACAUCCCCUAAAUUGUAGUUUGAUAAAUAAAAUAAAUUAUCAAUUUGCAAAAAGGUGUUUAUUCAAAUAAAAACGUUAUAACUUAAA